AGUAACUUGGCACCUUCAACUCCGCCAACCUUGCACAACAGCCACCAUGCCGCAGCCUUUGAGCUCCAAGGAUGCGUCCUCCUUCCGACAGGUGGUUCGCCACUAUGAGAACAAGCAAUAUAAAAAGGGCAUUAAGCUCGCCGACCAGAUCCUUCGAAAAACCCCUAACCAUGGCGAUACGCAGGCGAUGAAGGCUUUGAUCAUGAGCAAUCUUGGACAACAAGAGGAGGCAUUUGCGUUGGCCAAGGAAGCCCUGCGGAAUGACAUGAAGUCGCACAUUUGCUGGCACGUGUAUGGGCUGCUGUACCGAGCAGAGAAGAACUAUGAGGAGGCAAUCAAGGCAUACAGAUUCGCGUUGAGGAUCGAGCCGGAGUCACAGCCCAUCCAGCGCGACCUCGCUUUGCUCCAGAUGCAAAUGCGGGAUUACCAGGGUUACGUCCAAAGCAGGAGUGCGAUGCUGCAAGCCCGUCCAGGCUUCCGCCAGAAUUGGACGGCUUUGGCGAUCGCACACCAUCUUGCAGGUGACCUCGAGGAGGCGGAGAAAGUUUUGACCACGUACGAGGAGACGCUCAAGCAACCGCCGCCGGUAUCCGACAUGGAGCACUCAGAGGCUGUUUUGUACAAGAACAUGAUCAUGGCGGAAGCAGGCAAGGUCGAACAGGCCUUGGAACACCUUGAGACUAUUGGAUACAGGAUUACGGAUGUGCUCGCGGUCAUGGAAAUGAAGGCAGACUACCUUUUGCGAUUGGACCGAAAGGCAGAAGCGGAGGCCGCCUACACUGCCCUUCUUGAGCGUAACUCGGAGAACUCCAUCUACUAUGACGGUCUAAUAAGGGCGAAGGGGAUCUCAGAAAUCGAUCACGCGGCGCUGAAGGCUUUCUAUGACGCUUGGGCGGACAAGAACCCUCGAGGAGACGCUCCUCGCAGAAUUCCACUGGACUUCUUGGAAGGCGAAGAGUUUAAGCAAGCCGCGGAUGCAUACCUGCAGCGUAUGCUCAAGAAGGGUGUGCCAUCACUCUUUGCAAAUAUCAAAUCUCUGUACACCAACCCUAGCAAGCGCGACACGGUACAGGAGCUUGUGGAAAGCUAUGUGUCUGGUAAUGGGACGGCACAAUCAAACGGCUCCCCGGAAGGAGAGGCAGCUAAGGAUAACACUGAGUUCCUCGCUUCGACUUACUACUUCCUUGCGCAGCACUACAACUACCACCUGAGUCGCAAUUUAUCCAAGGCCAUGGAGUCCGUCGACAAGGCCAUCGAACUAGCCCCCAAGGCUGUCGAGUACCAGAUGACCAAAGCCAGGAUAUGGAAGCACUACGGCAACCCUCAAAAGGCUGCCGAAGAGAUGGAGAAGGCCCGACUUCUGGAUGAGAAGGACCGCUAUAUCAACUCGAAAGCGGCUAAGUAUCAACUACGGAAUAAUGACAACGAAAAGGCACUUGACAAUAUGAGCAAAUUCACAAGGAAUGAGACCGUUGGAGGAGCAUUGGGCGACCUUCACGAGAUGCAAUGUGUUUGGUAUCUUACCGAGGAUGGCGAGUCAUAUCUACGACAGAAGAAACUUGGUCUUGCUCUGAAGCGCUUCCAUGGAGUGAACAACAUCGUUGAUGUUUGGCAGGAAGAUCAGUUCGACUUCCAUAGCUUUUCUCUUCGCAAGGGCAUGAUCAGGGCGUACGUUGAUAUGGUUCGGUGGGAGGAUCGUUUGCGCGAACAUCCCUUCUACACCAGAAUGGCUCUCUCUGCCAUCAAAGCAUAUCUUCUACUCCAUGCCGAACCGGAUCUGGCUCACGGCCCGCUGCCUAGUGGACUCAAUGGCUCCGGCGACCAAGACGACGCCGAGAGGAAGAAGGCCCUCAAGAAAGCCAAGAAGGAACAGCAGCGUCUGGAGAAGAUCGAGGCCGAAAAGCGAGAGGCAAGGAAAGCUGCCGCCGCUACUGCGAAGGGCACCGAUGGGGAGACUAAGAAAGAGGACCCUGACCCGCUGGGCAACAAGCUUGUCCAAACGCAAGACCCGCUCAAGGAUGCGACCAAGUUCUUGACGCCCUUGUUAGAGCAUAGCCCAAAGAAUAUCGAGGCUCAGUGUCUUGGAUUUGAGGUGUACCUCAGACAGAAAAAAUACGCACUUGCGCUCAAAUGUCUUGCCGCCGCUCACCAAAUCGACGCAAGCAACCCGACUCUCCAUGUUCAGCUUCUGCGCUUCCGCAAAGCUCUUGACAAUCUUUCUGAGCCCCUUGCCCCUGAGGUCGCUGAGGUUGUCAAUGCUGAAUUCGAAAAGCUGCUGCCCAAAUCGCAGAAUCUCGGAGAGUGGAACGACUCCUUCUUGUCCACCCAUAAGGAGAGUCCUUUGCACACACAAGCCGGCCUCAAAUGCCGCCACAUUCUGCAGCCUGACUCCAAGGCGCAGUGCGAAAAGGAUCUGGUCGCCACGCUUGACUUGAACAAUGCCUCCAUCGAGACUGCGCUGGCGGGUCUCGAGAUUCUGCACGAGUGGGGAAGCGAUCCGGCCGCGAAGACCGCAUACACCGAGAAGGCCACCAGCAAAUGGCCUGAAUCGACAGUUUUCCAGCUCAGCUGAGCCAUCGCACGAAUGUUAAGAGGAAUCAUCCCGUCAUCCACAUAUCACGGCGGUGGUAACUGGGGCUUAAGGGUUGGUCAAUCCCUUGCCUCGGAUUCACCCCCGAAUCAUCGCGUUGGAAAUCGAUGGACCUGCGGUUGAGGGCUCAAGGGGACAAGGAAUUUAGUCCAGUGUAGCGGAAGAGAUACAAUGUGAUUGAUGUAUGAGUAGGAUACUAUACUUCUUAUCUUUUCCUGGGGCUUGAAUAUAAAACUGAG